UCCGCAGUGUAACGUUUAAAUUAUACAUAAUUCGUGAACAAAAAAAAGGUGUAUAAUAGUUUCUCUAUUACGUUUACCCCGCAAGUAAAAUCAAUACCUCGAAGUCGGCGCUGGUUUCUCACAAUCGAUCAACCAAAUUGGAAGUAAAUGUCAUAUUUGAAUUUGUAAAAAAAAUCUGAUACAAUAUACAUCAAUAGAUAUGCAUGAGGACAUAUUUGAUGGAUGGUUGCCAGGAGUGACGCUUGGAUUCACGUUUCCUCCAAUACCUAAUAAAAGCAGUCCCCACCAAAUCCACCAACGAAAAGUCAGAAAACGAACUGCGUAUACUGCGACGAUCUUUCGCCGGAAGAUCGUGCACCAUCGGUGGCUUGGGUUCUCCUGUACACAAAAAAACGGUAUAAUUACAAAAAUGAAAUUUAAUGAAGAUGAUGACAGAGGCGAUAGUCGGCUGAAGACGGCGGAACGGCGGCAAGAAACAGCGGAACGGAAGUGCUUCGAGCGUCACCAGAAGUUUUCGGUCUCUCUUGCUUCUGGACAAGAUGCGGUCGGCGAUGGUAAGCUCCAGGUAACUCGAAUGGAGAACGGCGAUCCACGGAAUUCUAAAGAGCAAGCGGGGACACUAAAUAAUCGGAUUCGGUCGCGGUUUCUACGGUAGAGCAGGAAAACGAGACAAUAUUCCCCCCUUGUAAUUAAUGAAAUGGAAAGUAGCAAAAAGCUUACGUUGCAGUUAGUAGGAAUUACUUCCAAGAAAAAGCAAAUGCUAUACUUACGGUGCGGGCACUUAAUGUAAAAGUAAAAU